AUGCCAGCUAUACGUGGACAGGACUCCAAGAAGAAGACGCGUCGUCAUACGCGCGACCUCGACCAGAUUCACGCUGACUUGCGCGACGAGAAGCACUUGGCCCAGUUCAAGGAUGCAAAGCCCAUAGAAGACUUGCCUGGUUUGGGCCAGUAUUACUGCAAAGAAUGCGCAAAGUUUUUCGAGAGCGAUGGCAAUUUUGUCGCCCACCAAAAGGGCAAGGUGCACAAGCGGAGAGUGAAGCAACUUCGCGAAGAACCCUAUUCCAUCAAAGAAGCAGAGGCCGGCAUGGGCUUCACCACCAACAACGGAAAGCGCACAACGUUGCCCGCAGCCCCAAUGGAAGUCGACCAGGUUGCGACGACUGGAUGAUUGCGCGUAAACUCUGCAGCACGACUAUAUUAGACUGUGGACGCGACUGUCUGAGCGCCUUGAUGUCCACACACAGGCUGGAGAGAAGGAAGACAUGAUACGCUAUUGAGCAGCCAGCAACGUGUCGCGGACUUGGGACAAAAGCAUUGCAUUGCAUGGCGUUCAAAAUGGAAACUGGGGCAUAUAGAGACGCCGAAUGUUCAGAUGAUACCCCACGCUGGAAUUGAAA